UCACCGGCCCACCUCUUUACUCCCUGCUCCCUCCCUCGACCGCCCCUGUUUUGUUGUUUGGCUAAAGAUGGCGUUAGCGGCUAACGCAGGCGAUUGCAUUUUGUUCCACAAAAAUAUUCGGCCAGUGGUAACCAAACAUUGAUCAACUAGACCUUAAAUCCGCCAAUUGCUGUGUAAAAAUAUGUUACAUGGAGAUAAUACAUGUCUAUCGCGUAGAAUAACGCUUGUUCGGCCUUCUCGCGAUGGAAGGCCUGUUUGUUAGCGAGUGGACCGAAGCCGUUGGAACUCCAUCUCCCAUCAGCGACCGCGGCGUCAGGUGGUACAACUUUCCUUUUUCAUGGUAUCUGUAGUUUUCUGAUCACACCACAGUGUUAUUUUUUCCUAAACUCAGAAUUUUUUUUUUUUGAAUGAACUCGUAAAAAAAGCAUAAUAACCAGUUGACUAAAGAAGCUAACGGCGUGAAGUGACAGGACAUGAGAUUUAAUUUCUCAGUAUUCACUGUGAACGUCCACCGAUGCUCCACAAAGUGAAUAAUAUCUGUCUCAACUGAGAGGAGAAAAAUCCAGAUAAUUAAACCGACCCGGCCAGGCAGCGUGACCAUGGCUGCAUCACCCGUGCAAGGUGACGGGAGACAAUCUCGAGGAGCCUCCAGAGAGGGUCACCCGUCCUCCCCAGAGUCUUCCUUGAGCUGGUGCUUGGCUCACCUCUCUAAACCUGGGUCAGGGGCCGAGCACCAGGGGCACGGCAGAGAGGCCGACAAGAGGUCCAAAGUCUCUCAGUGGCGAGCGCUGGUCGCCAUCCGGACACAGCACAUCAAGGGGGACAAGGCCGGCAUCGCCCGAUUCAGAACUCAAGGUGGUCACCGGCCGCUGUUGGACCUUCUCAAAAACCCGGAGUGCUCGAGGAAAACCCUGGACCUGGCUCUGAGCAUCUUAGCCAACUGCUGCACUGAGCUGCAGACACGCAUAGAGGUCCGUAAGCUCGGUGGGAUAAAGAUUGUAGUGGAGAUCCUGAAGGAAAACAUGGCCCUGGAGACGGUCCAGAACCGAGCAGCCCGGGCUUUGGGGAACCUGGCCAUGGAUCCAGAGAGCUCUGCACUCAUCCACGCUGCGGGUGGCGUCCCUCUGCUCCUCCUGUGCGUGUCUCUUUCCUCCGGCCCGUCGUCUCCCACCACCGCUCCGCCCAAAGAGCCCUGUCCCAAACUGGAGUGCGCCCAGUCGGCGGCCCGGGCUCUGCUCUACCUCUCGGAUACGCCCCCGAACCGCCUGUCGCUGCUCACCCAGGGGACCUUAACGGCCCUCGCCCCCCUCGUCGCUCCGGAGUACCCCCAGGGGCUGCGGCGUGCGGCGCUCAGGACCCUCCACGAGCUGACCCGAGGCUGCGGCGUCGAAUGUGCCAGGGAGGUGUCCCGCUCCGGGGUCCUCGCUCAGCUCGGCGCCAUGGCGACGGGGCAGUGCGGUAAGCCCUUUGAGGAGCUGGCGCUGAAAACCCUGGCCAACAUGUGCUCCCAGGGCUGCCUUCGCCCGUUCGUGGGGUCACUGGGGGUCAUUCAGAAGUUCGCCGAGGAGGUCAAGAGGGACCCGCUGAAGUCCGGAGUCUUCCUCAAGGCGCUGUGCCUGUGCUGCAAGGAGGCGGUCAACCGCGCCAAGGUGAAGGAGAGCAGUGGAUUGGAGGUGCUGAUUGGCUUUCUGGCUGCCCAUCAGAGUCACCCCCUCUCCCGACUGGUCAUCCUGGCCUGCGUGGACUUUGUCUUUGACGAGUCGGCUAUGGAGCAGCUGCAGGAGUUGGGGCUGGUUCCUCUGCUUGUUGCACGGCUGGUUGAGCUCUCCAAAGGCGAGGAGCAAUCCGCCGAGAAGAUGGACGUGGGUCUCUCCUCUAGCGUGUCUCCCACUGAGCUCCUGCCUUCAUCCUGUUUUGACUCCUUUGACUUUCCUCCUCCUCCUGAGGGCUGCAAGAAGGAGGAAGCAGGAAAGGAGCAAGGCCUUGGUUCCCCAAGCUUUUUAAGUCUCAAGUCCUGGUUGGUGGCUGAGGGAUUGAUCUCCUCAGAGGGGGACCUGCUGGAUUCCUCUGGUGUUGAAGGAGAAUGGGGGAGUCUUCAGAUCCCACAGUCUUCCUCCCCCCACACUUCCUCUCCAAACCCUGAUUCCUUUCUUCCUCCAUCUUCUCUUAAAAACUCUUCCCCAUCCAACUCCACUGCCUCUUCUUCUUCUUCCUCUACUUCUUCCAAAAAAGCUGCUCAGACUUCCCCUGUGUCUUCCUCGUGUAAAAUCCCUGACGGCCCCCCCACUAGUCCUCCAGCUUGCGUUGUGCUCACACCACAAACCCCGGCCAGUUCCUCUACCGUCUCCUCUCCCACGAAAACCGCCCGAACCCCGGUCUCCCCCAUAAAGUUCUCCUCCCCUCACAGGAGGCGGCGGCGUGCUCACGCAGCGGCCUGCUUGACCGAAGCCACCCUCGCCACGCCGCCGUCCGCGCCCCGCCCGGCGGCUUACCACCACCCGUACCACCCCGAACCCUGGACGCCCGAGUCGCCCAUCCUGCUGCUGCUGUCGCGCUUCUCCCACGCCACCGACCCGAGCGCGGCCCUGAUCAGCGCCGGCGUCAUGUCCGGCUUGCUCUACUACCUCACGCAGCACCAGGACCCCAGCAGCAGGUGCUUCCGGAUGCUCUGCAGGCUGAGCUGCAAUCCAAACUGUUUGCAGGCGCUCGUCCGGACCGGCUCGGUGGCGCUGAUUUGUCACCAUCUCUGCCAGAGAGGAGGCGGGUACGAGGGAGAGGACCGGCAGACGGACCGAGUGAAGGCCAAAGUUAAACAACUCGGUUUUGCUCUUCUCAGUAAUCUGCGCGUCCAGUGUGAGUCUGGAUUCGGCUCGGGGGUCGUUGCCCACGUGAUGCUGUCGGGCUCCGAGUCCGACAAGAUGAACUGUGCGUUGUCUCUGCCGUUAAUCAGCAGCAACAAGUCGUUGUUGAAGAAACUCCUGGUGGACAGCGGCGGGCUGCUGCUGGCUCUGCAGCCUCUUGGCUGCCAUGACGACGACGACGACGACGAAGACCAAGACCAACCCACUGAAGGUGGGAAGUUUCUCUCUGACUGGUUUCCCUCUCCGCAUUCCGGCCGGACUUCUCGCCUCCACUCGCUGUUCUCCUCCCUGCUCAUCGGGUGCCUGUCCGCCCUGACUGCUGGCUUCCAAAUGGAUCUCGCCAAAAACCACCCAAGUCCAGGCCCGACGCAGUCAGCCGGCGACAUUGAAGCUUUCCCGCCGCCCUCGAAAAGGCCUCGCCUGGCGGACACCUGUCCCUACGGGGCCUCCAGCUUCGACCUCCUCCUGUUGCUAGACGACGGGACUCGGGUCCAAGCCAGCAGGGAGGCGGUGGGCGGGGGGGAGGAGGAGGCCGACGGGGUCGGCUCCGAGUACUUCCGGGCUCUGCUGCGAGGCGGGUUCGGAGAAGCUCGGCGUGGCGCGGAAGAAGCCAUCCGCAUCAAGGAUGUCAGCGCAGGUGUGCUGCUGCCGGUGCUGCAUUACCUGCAUGGCUGUCGCCUCCGCAAGGACGCAGGAGCAAACGGGGGAAGUGACGAAGAGAGGAGAGGACGGUGUCCCACCCUGGAGAAAGUAGUGCUCGAAGGACUGGCGAUGUGCCGAAUGGAGACGGAAGGCUUCGCUUUCCAGAAGAGCGCUUUAGGCGAGAUGAUGAUUGGAGCGAGCAGAUUCCUGGUGACGUCCUUGCAGAGCGAGUCGGAGGCUCUCUGCGUGUCUCUUCUGCUGUCCUGCUCCACCAAGGCCGAAGGUCGGGCCGAGAGGGCUGCGCGUGAAACGGACCACGAGUCCGCCGAGGAGAACCUGGCCAAUCGGACGUCCGAGCUGGAGUUGUCCGGCUCGGAGGGACAGACGGGGAAACCAAGCUGCCCCAGAAAUGAAACCGUCAAAAGUGGCGCUCCAGCUUCCAGGUCCCUUGAUCCGGAGGAAUCGAGGUCAAGACCAAAGAACUGUAAAAGUUCAGGGCCGCGCCUGAAGCCGGCCGCCGGGGAUUCCCUCCGCCGCGGAGGAGACGCGUCCCUGGCCGCUCUCCUCCCACAGAUGCACUGGUUCUCCCAGCGGUACGGCUACCCGGCGCUGGGCCGGGCCUGCCUGUCUCUGCUGCUGGGUUGUCGGGACUGUCCCCGGCCCUUUGCGUCCUCCUCCCUGGCCGGGGCUUGUCUUCGCCGACUCGCCAGAGAGGCCGACUGCGCGCAGACCCUGAGACGGGAGCUGCUGAGUGUCGCCGCGGCAGCUCUGGGCUGAAGAUUCAGAAGGUCGAGUGAGUCGGCCGUGCGGCUUCUUCUGAGCUUUGAGAAGCGUCGUUUUUGUCAAAUGUCUGGAAGGUUACAACAACAAGCACGAGCACCUGAACAGCUGUAUGAAUUAUCCGUUGAUUUACCGUUGACAGAAGUAACCGUUGAUUUAUUUUCAUGAACUGGAUUCAGUUUUGAUGUAAUCUGAUAUGAACUGUACCCGGUCCCGGCAUGACAUGAUUGUAUCCUAAUUUACUAAUGACAUUUUUGUUCUUUUUUUUCUUUUUUUGGAAGAAGUCUUAAUUUGAUAAGUGUCGUUUAGCUGGAAGUGCUGGAAUUAUCAGGUUUGGUCUAGUGGCCAGUUGUUUAUUUUGUACAUAGAGAUAAUAUGGAAAAGAGGGUUUACAAUGUAUAGAUUCCAACUGUCCCAUUACAACUCAUGCCACUGAAUACAUGUUUGGAACAUCA